ACAAAUCGAAUCGCUAAAGCUUUCAACAAACAAACACACACAUUUUGAAUGUUCUCCGUUUCCUUUGGAUUCACUCUUUCCUCUCUAAAACACUAAUCAACAAAGAAAGAUAAAACCUUUUUCAUUAAUAAGUUGCUAACUUGUAGUAACAUCUCACCUAAUCUCAAAAAGAUCUAAACUUUUAAUCUCCAAAGAUCCAAACUUUCUCCAAUGCUCUGAUCUCCCCAAACAAAACAAAACAAAAAACAGAGAGAAUGGUGGAACCACUUCCAAUAACUCGGAGACGAUUCCUCUCUUCCCACAAAUCUCUCGUCACCGUCUUCUGGAUCGCAGCUUUCGCCUCCUUAUUCAUCUGGCAAUCCCGCGGCAAAGGAGCUCUCUACCGCGGCCCUAGUGGCCUCUCCUCUGUUUUCUGGUGGACGACGAUACAAACAACAACAACCGCUAACAGCGAGUUCCCUAGGCUUAGACCCGUUGCUUUCAAUCUAACGGACUUUGGAGCGGUGGGAGACGGUGUAACCGUCAACACGGAGGCGUUUGAGAGAGCUGUGUAUGCAAUCUCGAAGCUUGCGAAGAAAGGAGGUGGGCAGCUUAAUGUGGGUCCCGGUAAGUGGCUUACUGCUCCGUUUAAUCUCACUAGCGUCAUGACUCUGUUUCUAGCUGAGGAUGCUGAGAUCCUUGCCGUUCAGGAUGAAAGUUUGUGGCCUCUGCUUCCUCCUUUACCUUCGUAUGGUUAUGGAAGGGAACAUUAUGGACCUCGUUAUGGAAGUUUUAUUCAUGGACAGAAUCUCAAAGAUGUUGUUGUCACAGGAAAUAACGGAAGCAUCAACGGGCAGGGGGUUUAUUGGUGGAAGAAGUAUCGCGCAAAGCUUCUAAACCACACAAGAGGACCACUGGUGCAGAUUAUGUGGUCAAGUGACGUUGUUUUCGCUAAUAUCACUUUGCGUGAUUCUCCAUUUUGGACACUUCACCCAUAUGACUGCAAAAAUGUCACAAUCACUAAUAUGACCAUUCUAGCACCUGUGUUCGAAGCCCCAAACACUGAUGGUAUUGAUCCUGAUUCGUGUGAGGACAUGUUAAUUGAGAAUUCUUACAUCAGCGUUGGAGAUGAUGGAAUUGCAAUAAAGAGCGGUUGGGACCAGUAUGGAACUAACUAUGGACGUCCUUCAAAGAACAUACUCAUCCGCAACCUCAUUAUCCGCUCCAUGGUUAGUGCUGGUAUCUCAAUAGGAAGCGAGAUGUCUGGUGGCGUCUCGAAUAUCACAGUCGAAAACAUUCUGAUAUGGAGCUCAAGGCGUGGAGUUAGGAUAAAAACCGCACCAGGAAGAGGUGGUUACGUCCGUGAUAUAACAUUCCGGAAUGUCACAUUGGAUGAACUGAGAGUUGGCAUUGUGAUUAAAACUGACUACAACGAGCAUCCAGACGGUGGAUUCAACCCUCAAGCCUUCCCUGUGCUAGAGAACAUUAACUACACAGGGAUAUACGGUCAAGGAGUGCGUGUACCGGUGCGUAUGCAAGGAACCAAAGAGAUUCCGGUUAAAAAUGUAACGUUCAGGGACAUGUCAGUGGGGAUAACGUACAAGAAAAAACACAUAUUCCAGUGUGCGUUUGUGCAAGGGCGUGUGAUAGGAACCAUCUUCCCUGCUCCUUGUGAGAAUCUUGAUCGGUAUGAUGAACAAGAACAGUUGGUGAAGCAGUCUGAUUCACAGAAUGCAACGGAUAUAGAUUAUGAGAUAUGAGCCUGAGGAACAACAAACAUGGGUUUGGUUGGUGGCCUUAGGUUUGAGUUUGGUCUUUUAUUUUGCGAGGUUAGUUUAUUAUUAAAUGAUGGCUUCGUGUUACAGAAAAUGGAAAUGUGAUCUUUUGGACAAGUCUUUUGGCUACUGAAUGUUAAUAUCUUACCAGGUGGAAUUUUGUUUUUGUUUUUUUGGUGCAAUGUUAUGAUUGAGAUUUUAUGUUAAGGAUUCAUACACGUCUUUG